AUGUCCACUCAAACAUCCUCAACCAACAACAAGUGUGUGUUCAUCACUGGAAUUUCAGGAGGACUCGGUAAUUUGGUUGCCCAAAAGCUUUGCGAGAAGGGAGGCUUCUGUGUGAAGGGUCUUGUCAAAGAUGAGAGUGACAAACAAAAACUUUCCCAAUUUGGUUGCACUGACGUAUGUGUUGGAGAUUUGACCAAACUUCAAGAACAAGACUUUGUCAAUUAUUUGAAAGGUUGCGACUAUGUGAUCGAUGCUGCAGGUGCUACAGAUCCAAAGGACAUUAGACGCGUUGAAUUUAUUUCAGGCAAAUAUUUGGCCACAGCAGCCAUGAAGAACAAUGUGAAAAAGUUCAUUUGUAUGAGUGCCUUAGGUUGUGAUAAGGUUGGAGGACAACAGACAAACGUCGAUUGGUCCAAUCAACUCAUUUGUGAUUGUGUCAAGAAUAAUCGAGACUUUGGUAUCAAUCAAUACAAACUCGAUCAAUUCAUUAUGAAUGAAUGCCAAAAUCUUCCCUACUGCAUUAUUCGAUGUGGUGAUUUGAAAGAUGAACCUGGAUGGAAGAAGAUUCUCAUUGGCAAACCAACUCUUGGCGAAAAGUACAAGAAUAUUGAUUGUGUCAUUCCAAGAGAGGAUGUGAGUUGCUUGUUGUGUGAUCUCUUGUUGGAUGAUUCUAUUAAGAAUGUUUGCUUUGAGGUGGUUGGAUCCAAGGAUCAAGGAAUGCCCAUUCAGGAAGCCAUUAAGCAAUUGAAGACUGCCAUUUAA